AUGGUGGAGGCCGGAGUGGAGGCUGGAGUAGAGGCGAGUAGGCUGAACCUGACAGAGGUUCUACAAGGGGCCGAGAAGCUGCUUCUAGGUCGAGUCAUCUGUGUUUUUGCUAGGUCCAUAAUACUUAUUGCAAACAUCACUUCUGUGCCUGAAUUGAAAUCAGACAUGGAUGAGGCAAUCACCAGCAAAUUUAUAAUGGAACGACUCUCCAAGUUCCAUGAUGAAGAUACUGAAGACACCGUCUUUCUCAAUUCAUAUGACAACAUGAUUAGUAGAAUUUUGUACUCACUGGUAUCAUCACUCACGUUCAGAAUAUUUGGAAUUAUGCUGGUCUUUGUGGAUCUGUCUCUCAUCAUUACAGACCUGAUUGUCGCUAAUAGCACAACAUAUAUUCCUUUGGAAUAUCGUUCAAUUUCUUUAGCUAUUGCUUUAUUUUUUUUGACGGAUGUUCUUCUUCGAGCAUAUGUAGAAGGGAUAAAAUACUAUUUUUCUGAUGCACUUAACUUUUUGGAUGCUGUCAUUAUUGUAAUGACUCUAUUGAUUGAUAUUAUUUAUAUGUUUUUUGACUUUAAGUCUCUUCAAACUAUCCCCAGACUGACAAUUUUCUUUCGACCUCUACGACUUGUCAUUCUUGUAAGAGUUUUUCAUCUGGCUCAUCAAAAGAGACAUCUUGAACAGCUGGCCAGAAGGAUGGUUUCGGGAAACAAACGGCGGUACAAGAAGGAUGGAUUUGACUUAGACCUCACUUAUAUUACCGAGCGUAUCAUUGCCAUGUCAUUCCCAUCUUCAGGAAAGGAGUCUUUCUAUAGGAAUCCCAUUGAGGAAGUUGUGCGGUUCUUAGAUACCAAACAUCGAGAACACUAUCAAGUCUACAAUCUAUGCAGUGAAAGAGCUUAUAAUCCUAAAUACUUCCAUGACAGGGUCAAGCGAAUCAAGAUUGAUGAUCACAAUGUCCCCAGUCUAAGUGAGAUGGUGGCAUUCGCCAAGGAAGUGAAUGAGUGGAUGUCUCAAGAUGAUGAAAACAUCGUAGUGAUCCACUGUAAGGGAGGCAAAGGAAGAACUGGAACAAUGAUUUGUGCCUGCCUUAUUGCCAGUGGAAUAUUUACAACUGCAGAGGACAGCCUUUUUUAUUUUGGAGAACGGCGAACAGAUAAAAGCUCCAGUACUAAAUUUCAGGGAGUUGAAACCCCUUCUCAGAGUAGAUACGUUGGAUAUUUUGCAGAUGUGAAAAAUAUCUACAACAUGACUCUCCCUCCAAGAAAAACACUCAAGAUUGAAAAAAUCGUUAUUCAUUCAAUUCAUGGUGUAGGAAAAGGCAAUGGCACUGAUCUCAAAGUACAAAUAGUAAUGCAGAGCCAGAUCAUCUUUUUCGGCUCUGCUUCCAAAAACUGUCAGAUCCUUCUUGAUGCGGAAACAAACAGCGUGACAAUCCAUCUGUCCAACUGCCCACCACUGUAUGAUGACAUCAAAGUGCAGUUUUUCUCCUCUUCUGACCUUCCGAAAUAUUACGACAACUGCCCAUUUUUCUUUUGGUUCCAUACAUCUUUUGUACAAAAUAACAGACUUUACCUUCCAAGAAAUGAAAUCGAUAAUCCCCAUAAAAAAAAAACAUGGAAAAUCUAUCGUGAGGAGUUUGCAGUUGAGCUGUAUUUUGAAGAAGUGAGAUACUAG